AUGAAGGACGUGGAGACGUUCGCAAAAGAAGAGGACGAGAGUAUUUUGCGGUACCUCGCGGAGCUAAGCAAAAGCGAGUGCUCUCAAAUCGGACAGAGACGGCUAUGGACGGGUUUUCUGAAGCAGAGCAAGUCUGCAAGAAGCCUCAACAGUGUAAUCAGUAGGUAAACGAGGUCAGAAAAGACUAUUGACAAAAACAGUAAACAUUUCAGAUUCAGGACCACUCUCGGGCCACAAAUACACGCAUGCCGACAAUUGGAUCUGCUGACGAGGGCCAGAAUGCUGUUUGUCUCGAGAAGCGCUAUUGAUAAGCUCUUUCUGAAAGAACUUGAAAAGAUCGCCGAUGUUGACACGGAUAAAGAUGGACUGAUCACGAAAUUCUCGGUGAACAGACCCGGAGAAGGGCUUCGUCUUUUUGCGGGAAACGCCCCGUUCACUGGAGAAGAAUGCAAGAAUAUGAUGACUUUUCUGGCGUGGAAAGCAUCGACGACCAACGAGCGCUUCCAGAUGCAUCUGCUUUGGCAAGAGUACAAGGAGUGGGCGGACAGUCCUCGUUCAGUCGCUUCCCUCCGAGAAAAGUGGGAAAUCUUGUAAAUAGAUUUCCUUGCAAUCAAUUUUUUAGAUUCCGCUCACAUAUCAGUACAUCUGUUCACAAGAAUGACGAGUAUACUGUUGAACAACGCGUGUUGUUCUGUACGACAACUCCAGUGCCUGGCGAAUUCCUGGGCGUAUUAAGACAAAUGACGACGGGGUUCUCGCCUCGGAAAUCCAUCAACACACGAUGUACAGCGUAAAGAUGAGAGCACGGAUUCUUUUCGCCACGAAAACACCGGUUCCGUCGUCGUUUCUGAAGGAGAUGCGAAAAGACGCCACUGCGAGCAUAGACAAGAAGCGACGCAUCACAGACUACGAAAAUAACAAGAGCGGUCUGAGACUGUCGACGACGGAUGAAAAUGAGAAGCCGACUAGGACACGUGCAACGAAGAGAACGAUCGAGGAUUCAGAUGAAGAGAAGAGUCCGGCCAAAAAGAAGAAGGGAGGCUCUGGAGGACGCAAGGAGAAGAAGCGACUGCAAGCUCAGGUGGUGAGCCUGACAGAUGAAGUGAGAACCAAAAACUCAACAACUAGAAUAACAUCUUUUCAAUCUUUCAGUUCGAAAGUGUGAAGGAGCAACUGGCGGAGGAGAAGAAGAACGCGGAGCACUGGAAGCAAAAGUUCGAGAUGCUCCAAUCUGCGGUCAAAGGUGCUAAGAGCUAAGGAACUCGUGUCUCGUGUCCAUGACCGCCAAAUAAAUCUGUAAAAUAAGUCGUAUAAAAUUUUAAAAAUGUAAAAAACACUUUUUUCCCCCACUUUUUUCCCCUUCUCAGUUCGAAAGCCUUCUUUCUGUACAUAUUAUGAGAUUUUGAAUUAUUAGGCACCUUUUCACUCUCUUCUCUACUUUAUUGCUUAGUGUUUCUCUUGCCUCCUUCCCCAUCUCACCCUGUGAAUCGAGUACAAUCUGCUGUUUUUCUUUUUAUUCGCAAUAAACCACUACAACUCAAGAACUAGAAUAGCGUUUUCAAGGUUUCAGCUGAAGAGUGGAAAACCUCGACGACCCACGAGCGCCUGCAGAUUCUUCCGGUGACAUUGGAGGCCUCGAUAUGCAGAAACAUGAGGUCCGUGAGGUCGUCGAGCUUCCACUCACCCACGGAGAGCUCUACCAGCAAAUCGGAAUCGACCCCCCACGCGGAGUCCUGAUGUACGGUCCACUAACGUGA